AUGUCACACUCAUGUGGACUGUGUUUGGGCUGCGCGGCUGCGCCAUACUUGCAGCAUUUUGAAAGCUCAGAUCAUUUUGGAGGGAAGCCGACUGCGGUGACUUACGUCCCUUCUUCAAGGGCCGAUUCUGCUCCUAUGGAGGCAGAUGAUCUGGACAGCCUCAUCGCUGACUCCCUAAGCGGAGUCCAAGCCGCUCUGGACACCGACCGAAAGGCAGCUCCGGCGGAUGCGGGUCGGAGUGCUGGGGAGGCGGUCAAGGAGCUGAAAGAAGCGGGGAAAGGCGAAGCGCAACAACCUGGUGAGGAUUUUUUCAAAGACUUAGUGAAAACCUUCCAGGACGAAAAUUUUCAAAAAGCCAUGGCUGAAGCCAUGCAGCAGACUGCAGACUCAAAGGCUGAGUCCAAGCCUUCAAUCACAGAGGCCGCUGCGCCCGCGAGCGCGCCUGCCGCAGCUGCACUUGCAAGCGCGCCCGCCACGUCCGCCGCGCCUGCCUCGGCAGUAGCAUCUUCCGCGGACUCCGGGGCAGAGGACUUUUUGCAGAGCUUUGUGAAGAGCUUUGACCAAGCUGCUGGUUCGGACAAGGACUUGGAGAAGCAGCUGACGAACAUGAUGACGUCCAUGCUCUCCAACGAUUUGCUGACGGAUUCGCUACAGCAGAUAGCUGAUGCGCUUGAGCCUUGGUUGAAGACCAAGAAAGGCUUGGCAAAGGCCGACCGCAGCCGCUACGAGGCCAUGCUUCGGCUAUACAGAUCCAUUGUAGGUGUCUACAAAUCCAAUCCUGAUCCCUUGCCAGACUUCGCACGCGACCAGGUGCAGAGGAUGUUGGCGGAACUUCAGACCCUCGGGAAUCCGCCAGAUGAGGUCAUGGCUGAGAUUGUUCCAAAAGAGGUGGCCGAAGGGGGCGAGAGCUUUGAGGACAUGAUGAAAAACAUGGGCCUGGAUGCCAACCUGGCUGGUCCUGAGCAGGAUCUCAUGAAGAAAUUGGCGGAUGACCCUGAGGAACUCACGCGGGUCAUGAAGGAAAUGGCUGGAGGCAUGCCUGAAGAGGCAUGCAAGCAGCAAUAA